UAAAAGUAGCUUAUACAUUCCAACGUGAUGACUUAGGGAACUUCGAGAAUGUAGUGCAGAAGGAAUUAGAUAAAAUGACUGCUUGGUCGUCCCUAUGGAAUCUCCAAUUUAAUCUGAACAAAUGUGGCUGGAUCUGCUUCGGUGCACCCUCAAUUGACCUGAAAUUAACGCUCCAAUCUGCUAACCUAACCAGACUCCGAAGUGUCGUUGACCUAGGCCUGAGGUACUCUAGUGACUUGACAUUCUCAGAGCAAGUAGCAUCACAGACUAGAAAAUCGAGGAUGCUCUUAGGAUGCAUACUCAGGAACUUUCACGACAAUGAAGCCAAGCUAAUUCUGUACAAAACAUGUGUCAGACCACUACUAGAAUACUGUCCAUUUAUUAUAAGCAGCACUCGCACACGUGACAAGCUAAGGAUGGAAAGUAUCCAACGAUAUUUUACCUCAAAACUACUUGGCUACGAUUGUAAGAAAGACUACAUCUCACGGUGCAUGAUCCUAAAACUUGACCCACUUUGGACAAGGCGACUUAUUAUAAACCUAAUAUUCUUCUUUAAGGUCCUUCACAAAAUAUCAUUCUCAGGUAACAGGGACAUACAAUUCGCACAGGAAGGUUCUUACGAUCUGCGUAACCAAACUUCCACAGUGACAACUCAUUCUUUUAAGUCAACACUCCGUGAAAACUUCUUCACAGUCAUGUAUUCUAAAAUAUGGAAUAGCCUGCCUAUAGAUAUCAGAACUUGCUCUUCGGUUACAAGCUUCAAACGCUCUCUAUACAGACUGUUUCACUCUACUGAUUAUAUUAAUAAACUAUUUACUCCUAGAACGAAUCAAUCACUAAUCUACUACAGCACCUAAAAGACGCACUUCAACACCCUUAGCAAUCUAUAAAAUAUAAAUAAACUAGCAGCAUGGAUGCAUAAAGACUUAGUACGGAACAUACAGGAUUAGUUUACCCUUAGAAAUAGGACGUGUCACUCUAUUGUAACCUUCAAACGCUUGCUAUAUAAACUGUUUUGUCCCAAUGACUAUCCCUACCAGAACCCAUCACUUAUUUCUAAAACGCAUCAGUCAUUAGAACGCUAAAACGCUCAGACUCAUUAAUACACAUUAUGACACUAAAUAAACUCUAAGACUUCGCAUAAAUACGUGAAAACACAACUAAAACGUAAAGUUUUACUAAUGUAUCAUAAACAAUUUACUUAAACAUUUAUAAGUGCAUAAAAUAUUAAUGUCCUUUUCAUUUUCACAUACUUUCUCUUUCUGGUAUUCUGCUGCUCCUAUUCAUCUUCUGGUCGAGGUCGAAAAACCCUGCAUCUAAACUGAAAUGAGGAUUAAUUCCAAACCACCUAUCUCAUAACCACUCAAAUUCCAUGAACGAUCCAAUUCUACCAUUUGAAGACGCUGGCGAACAUGCUGUAAAUGAGUAUUCAUGAUCUGAAAUGAAGAAGCAACUGGUUUUCAAACAGUUUUCAACAUUUUACUCAACUUACGAAUACAGUCCGCCAUGCAGACACAAAUGGAGAAUUCUGGAAUCGACCUCGGCACCAUUUGAUGCAGUAAAACAACUUAACAUGACCUCAUCUAGUUUUCGCAUCCACGAUCAAAUUUCUUUCCUGUUAUAAAACUACGAUAAGACUGCUGAAAAAGUGGAAUAAAUAUAUCACUGAUCUCAACAUAAUACAUCAAUAAACUUUAAGCCAAUGGUGCUGUUCACAACAAAGUUAUGUAGGAGAAUUGACUUCAAGCUUUUUUUCCCAGAUAUCCGUAUUACAUUCAUCUGAUGUCUGGGUUUUUUUAAUGCGAAGACAAUAUUUCUAUAUUUCUUUAUUUGUUGCACAAACAGACUUUAUAGCAGACUGUUCCGAUGGACUCUAAUGUCAGAAAGAAUAAACACACUGUAAAUUCAUCACACCAAAUUAUGUGUAAUUUAUAUGAUAACUUAUCCAUGCCUGUACGAUUGGUAUGUUCCUGCAAAAACAGAAAGAAAUAUAUUAUUAUUCCAGCUUAAAGUUGAUGAAAUACGGCGUAUUUAGCAGAAAUAGGCAAUGUGGUGUCCUUAUCCGGCCAUAGCUUACAGGCAGUUUGCAGUUUGUUGAAAAAACGUGUUUUCCAUUCAGUAUAUGUCGAAUUACUUGAAGACAUGUUACAACGACCAUUUCGUGAAUUAUUUUGCAUUUUGAUGUAUUACACAUUGACAUGAUGAGAUAAUAUCUACUUUCGGGAAUUUCUUGGAUUUGGGUGAUAAAGAAAAGGAUACCUACAGUGUUGUCGAUUUUGUAUUACAUGUUAAUUCAUUAAUAAAUGUAUUCCUCGU